AGCAAUCAAGCAGUAGCCAUCCUCUCUUCUCCUCCUCCCGCCUUCCAGGUAGCUACCAAGCUCACUGUCACCAUACAUCAGCUGACAGCUACCAACUCAUCCUGAUUCCGUCCCCACCGUCGACCAGCCAUGCCGAGCUCCGCCGCCAUGCCCGCUCUCCCUCCCGGCUUCCGGUUCCACCCCACCGACGAGGAGCUCAUCGUCCACUACCUCUCCAGGCAGGCCGCCUCCAUGCCCUGCCCCGUGCCCAUCGUCGCCGAGGUCAACAUCUACAAGUGCAACCCAUGGGACCUCCCCGGCAAGGCCUUGUUCGGGGAGAACGAGUGGUUCUUCUUCAGCCCCAGGGACCGCAAGUACCCCAACGGCGCGCGCCCCAACCGCGCCGCCGGGUCCGGCUACUGGAAGGCCACCGGCACCGACAAGGCCAUCCUGUCCACGCCGGCGAGCGAGAACAUCGGGGUCAAGAAGGCGCUCGUCUUCUACCAGGGCAAGCCGCCCAGGGGCGUCAAGACCGACUGGAUCAUGCACGAGUACCGCCUCACCGCAGCCGACUGCAAGAACACCAAGCGCAGAGGAUCCUCCAUGAGGCUGGAUGACUGGGUGCUGUGUAGGAUCCACAAGAAGUCCAGCAGCAACUUGCCCAACUUCUCCUCUGACCAGGAGCAGGAGCAAGAGAGCUCGACCGUGGAGGACUCCCACACCACCACCAACAACAACACUGUGUCCUCCCCGAAGUCCGAAGCUCUCGAUGGCGACGGCGAUGACCAGGUGCAGCUGCAGCAGUUCUGCCCCAUGGCGAUGACCAAGUCCUGCUCCAUCACGGACCUGCUCAACACCGUAGACUACGCCGAGCUCUCGCAGCUCCUCCUCGACGGCGGGGGCGGGUCGUCGUCGGAUGCCGCCGGCGCCAUGGCUGCCUUCCAGCCGCCGGAAAGCCCGCUGAUCUACGGGCAGCCUCCAUGGCAACAAACACUAAACUAUAACAACAGUCACCUCGACGUGCCGCAGCUAGAUGACGGCCGUGAUUACGCUAAUGGUAAUUACAAGUAUAACGGGAUGAAGAGGAGGAGAUCCAGCAGCAGCUUGUUCUGCAACCAGCUACAGCUCCCGGCGGAUCAGUACAGCGGCAUGCUGAUCCAUCCCUUCCUGAACCAGCAGCUGCACAUGUGAAAAUCAGUCACAGACCCCUGGCCGAGAACUUGGAACCGGAGUGUUUUACCGAUCGCUGUUCCAUUUGAACCUGCUGUAGAUCGAUCGCGUUGUGGCAGAUCGGCGAGAAUCUAGCUGUGUGUGCCGUGACCGAUACGAACGGAAGAACUUCAGAAUUCUUCGUUUAAUUAGUACAAGGAUGUAAAAUACGGGUUGGUGUGGAAAUAAAUCAAGAUUGCAUGAUAAUAUAUGAUGCAGAUUUCUUAA